AUGAAGCCAACUCAGGGGUAUGUCAUGUCAUUCAGGACGGACAGAUUGUGGACAGGUAUUGGGCAGAUAUUACUCAAGGUUGAAGACUAUUUACAGAUCCGGAAUCAAGAGGUUAUUUCGGCAGAUGUACUCGUGCUCGCAGUCGCAGAGGCUCCAGGUGAACCUUCGAGCAGCAUUUGUUACCGAAUGGUGCGCGAUACGUGGUACAUUCAGCUUUCGGAUGCGGAGAAUGACCGGUCGCGCUUUGUAGCAAUGAUCCCGAUGAUGUUUACUUUUCUUGCUGCACUACCAGGUGGUUCCUAUCUCGUUACAGACACGCCUGCUAUCAUGCGAACGAUGGAUUUAAACAAAGAGCUGGGCCACAAAACCUACGUUUUCAGCGACAAGACGGGAACGCUAACAUGCAACAUUAUCGAGUUAGACAAGUGCUCCGUCAACGGCACUUCGUAUGGCUCCGGCAUGACGGAAAUUGGAUGCGCUGCACUGGGUCGUACUGGAAAGCCAAUUUUAUCGGAGCCUAAGCUGGACCCGAGCGUCAAGAAACUACCGUUUGUGAACUUUGUUGACGAGACACUGAUCGACGGAAUGAAGGGACGUGCUGGUGAAGAGCAAAAGGCGAAGAUCCUCCAGUUUUUUUUUCGAGCACCUCGCUCCUUUGCAGGAUUCAAGAUCAAGAGUCGUAGUGUAGGAACGGCGAUGGUGGAGGUCCUAGGAGAACGUGUGACCUACGAGGUGUUGGACGUGCUCGAGUUUAACAGCACGAGAAAGCGUAUGUCUGUUGUCGUGCGCAAAUCAUCUGGGGAGCUGUUUCUCUUCACGAAGGGAGCUGACAUGAUGAUUUAUCAACGCUUGAAGGAUCGCCCUGCAAUGCAGAAGGUCAACAGUAUUACACGAGACCAUAUGGAAAAGUACGCCGACGAUGGCUUGUGUACGUUGGCGCUUACCAUAAAGAAGCUUGAUCCGCACUGGUUCCAACAAUGGAAAGUGCGAUUCGAUGAUGCACAGGGUAACGUGGCCGAAAUCGACCGACGCAAAGAUGAGAAGCCAAAUGCUAUUGAUGAUCUGAUGGAAGAAAUCGAACAAGGACUGGAGCUGAUUGGAGCGACGGCAAUCGAAGAUAAAUUACAGGAGGGUGUUCCGCAAUGCUUGGUAAAUUUGACGAAAGCUGGCAUCAAGGUCUGGAUGCUUACGGGAGACGAGGAAGAGACUGCAAUUAACAUCUCGUAUGCAUGCUCACUGCUGGGUAACUCGAUUCAGCAAGUCGUUGUAAAUGCCACCACAUGCCCGGAUGAGGAAACGCUCCGUACAAAACUGAAUACAGCAGCUCGUGAGUUUAUGGACAAUGCGAAAGGAAUGGCGGGUGGAACUGAGAAGGAAAUCUCGCUAAUUAUUGACGGCGAGGCAUUGGAGAUGGCCCUUCGUCCCGAAAUCGCGCCACACCUGCUGUCAUUUGCCAAGUUAUGUCGUGCCGUGAUCUGGAACCGUGUAUCUCCUGCUCAAAAGGCAGAGAUGGUGAAGCCUGUAAGGAACAAUAUCACUUCAGUACGAACUCUAGCUAUUGGCGAUGGAGCCAACGAUGUUGCUAUGAUCCAGGCUGCUCAUGUUGGUGUGGGCAUUUCUGGACAGGAAGGUAAGCAGGCAGUGAACUCAAGUGACUAUGCCAUUGCCCAGUUUUGA